AGAAGGACAGCCAGGCAAACGCCAGCCAGCCAGCACCACUGGCCGAUCAGAGCUUCUAGGGCUCUGGGCUUCACAGCUCGCCGGAGGGUGGGGAGGAAGAGGGGGGAGCCUUGCUGGGGACCAAGCCCAGAGCUGAGAGGAGAGGCAGGCGCGCAGGUGGUCACCUGGACCAUGAGGUCAUCCCUCUGCUGGCUCCUCCCACUUCUCCUGAUCUUGGCCUCAGAGGCCCAAGGCCAGCCAACAAGACGACCCCGACCAAGGCCCAGGCCCAGGCCCAGGCCCAGGCCUAGGCCCACACCCAGCUUUCCUCUGCCCCCUGAGCCGGCAGAGCCUACAGACCUGCCUCCUCCCCUCCCACCAGGCCCACCGUCUAUCUUUCCCGACUGCCCCCGGGAAUGCUACUGCCCCUAUGAUUUCCCGUCUGCCCUCUACUGUGACAGCCGCAACCUCCGGAAGGUGCCCGUCAUCCCGUCCCGCAUCCAUUAUCUCUAUCUCCAGAACAACUUCAUAACCGAGCUCCCGCUCGAGUCCUUCAGGAAUGCCUCGGGCCUGAGGUGGAUCAACCUGGACAACAACCGAAUCCGCAAGAUAGACCAGAAGGUGCUGGAGAAACUCCCGAGGCUGGCGUUCCUGUACGUGGAGAAGAACCAGCUCCAAGAGGUGCCCUCGGCCCUGCCCCGGAACCUGGAGCAGCUGCGGCUGAGCCAGAACCAGAUCUCCAGGAUCCCGCCCGGCGUGUUCAGCAAGCUGGAGAACCUGCUGCUCUUGGACCUGCAGCACAACAAGCUGAGCGACGGCGUCUUCAAGCCUGACACCUUCCAGGGCCUCAAGAGCCUCAUGCAGCUGAACCUGGCCCACAACACCCUGCGGAGGAUGCCGCCCAAGGUCCCCACCGCCAUUCACCAGCUCUACCUGGACAGCAACGAGAUCGAGGCCAUCCCGAGUGGGUACUUCAAGGGCUUCCCCAACCUGGCCUUCAUCCGCCUCAACUACAACAAGCUGUCCGACAGGGGCGUCCCCAAGAACUCCUUCAACAUCUCCAACCUGCUGGUGCUCCACCUGUCCCACAACAAGAUCAGCAAUGUGCCUGCCAUCAGCAACAGGCUGGAGCACCUGUAUCUCAACAACAACAGCAUUGAGAAAAUCAACGGCACCCAGAUUUGCCCCAACAACCUGGUGGCCUUCCACGACUUCUCCUCGGAUCUGGAGAACGUGCCGCACCUCCGUUACCUGCGGCUGGACGGGAACUACCUGCAGCCGCCCAUCCCACUGGACCUCAUGAUGUGCUUCCGCCUGCUGCAGUCCGUGGUCAUUUAGGCUGUGGGGGCCCUGGGUCUCCUCUGACCGCACUUGAAUGCUGGUGGGCAGGUGCCUAUGCCCACCGGGCAUUUCCUCUCUUUCUUUCCUGCUCCCAGCUUUGCCCUUCUCAUCCCACCUUCCUGAGGCAGGGA